UUUAAUUUCAUUCGUCAACAUUAGAUAAAUUGCCAAAAAAAAUAUUUAUUAUUAUCAUUAUUAUUUAUUUAUUUAUUUAUUUUUGGACAAGCGCGUGUACCAAAGAUCAUCAAUGGAAGUUGAACACCUCUCCGUUCUCAAAGCUUGAAUCUUUUUUCAUCUUUCUCUUGUUGUUCUUCGAAACAUCUCCUUUUCUUCUCAUUCUCAACGACAACACCACCAUGGAUCGCAAGAACACUAUUCCACAAGAAACAAGCAGGAUACUUGUGGAGUUCUUGGAAGUGGCUGUGACCUCCAUUGUGUUUCUCAAAGGUGUUUAUCCCCCAGGGGCAUUUGAGAGGAGGAGAUACAUGAAUGUUGUGGUGAAAAAGGCGAAACAUCCAGAAUUAUCCAGCUACAUCCACUCUGUUACCUCUUGUUUGCAGUCAUUCAUCCAAAAGGGAUUGGUGGAGAGAGUGGCAGUGAUCUUUUACGACGAAAAGCAGGCCCCCAUUGAAAAAUUUGUGUUUAAACUUGCAGUGAACCAGACAUACCACUCAAAGGUCGAAGAAAAUGACUUAGAAUUCGCUCUUCGUGCUUUCUUGAUCAAACUGACAGUUGCUGAACCACUGACAAAAACCCUUCCGGCCGGUACCCGGUGGGAGGUCACUUCAUAUUUUCGAACUCUUCCUCAAGAAAGCAGCACCAAGAAUGCACAUCUUUGGAUUCCAACAGACACAAAACAGUGGCUUCAGCCUCCAAGAAUAACACCGAUAAAGUCCAUGAGUAGCGAACCUCUAAAGGUGCAAAUGUACCUUGAGCACGCCAGCCCUUCGGAACCAAAGAAUUUCGAAGAGUGAGGAUAAUAAUGACCUUGUUAAAUUAUACUUUUUCACGUUAACAAAGCAUCAAAUACCUCUCAUUAUAAAAGGUGAUGAAGGGAGUUCUCAUCAUCGUAAGGCAGUAAACAAGAUUUGAGAAGGCGAUAGCAAUAUCGGUGUGUGUUUGUGGUUAAAGGUGAAGGAAGAAGGCAGAGAGGGAUGUGGUGGAGAAAGAGGAAGAAAGGAUUUGAUCUGAUAUCCUCUUCUGAGUACUGAAUGGAAGAAGAGGUGUUAUAAAUUGAAUGCAUAUGGGCAAGUCAUGUGGCAAAGGAAGGCCAAGCCUUUCUUCUGGUUUUUCUUUCUUUCUACUUUUACCUGUGUUAAUAUUAAAGAUGCUGCUUCCUGGGCUCUGACCUAUCUAUUGGUACAAAACUAAUGGAAAUUCCAAAGGGAAUUGUAGUUUGUGUUUGCAUAAGGUUUAUCCGUUUAUGUUAUGUGUUUUUGUCACUUUUGGAAUUUCCAAUUCAGAUAUGUGCAUGCCUGAAAUGAAAUGAGUUAAGUUA